GAGAGGGUGUGUGUGGGGCCAGGGGUCUUGAUUAUCACGGAAGAAAAGCUCCGGAAAAAGAGGAAGACAACCUGGGCGGAUUAAGCGACGGCUUUUCACUGCGAUGUCUUGACGGAGGACAGGAGGACAGGGCGAGAGGAAGAGGAGAGACACCGAAGAAGAGGGAGGGAGAGAGAUAUACGGAGAGAAAGACAGGGAGAGAGCAGGGCAGUGGGAUGAAAGAGGAGAUCUAAGCGUGGAAGAGAUUUGGUUUAGUGCGAAGUGCUGUUUGGCCGAGUUCCUUCAUCUUAAGAUGAAACUCGUGUCAUAUUGAGCCGUGACCCAGUAGUACUGAGAGUAGUGUUGUGCGCUGUAGUCCAAUAUUGCACAGUGCUAUCCUGUCUUGGCACUGUGCCGUCUGGCGUAUUUGAUUAGCGCGUAAAUCAUAGCUGUGUAAUUCAGUUCAGUCCUCAGCAGCUUCUUUUGUUGUGCUGUAUUACAGGCUGUCACUAGAUAAUGUACAAAACACCAGUGUCGCAGACCACAUAUUAGCCGCCAGUCAAACGAUUUUUGCUAACAGGGCAGGGAUACGGUGAUGUUUGGGCGGCCCGGAACAGCAUAGUAAAGUACUAGACUGAGAUACGACACGGCUCUGUACUGUUUGGUGAGAUACGGCACGGCUCAGCACUUUGUGGUGAGAUACGGCACGGCUCUGUACUGUUUGGUGAGAUACGGCACAGCUCUGUAGUGUUUGGUGAGAUACGGCACGGCUCAGUGUAGUAUUCCAGCUGUGGUUUGGUGAGAUACGGCACGGCUGAGUUUGGUAUUACAGCUGUGGUUCGGUGAGAUACGGCACGGCUCAGUUUGGUAUUCCAGCUGUGGUUCGGCGCUAUAGAGUGCUUUCCUGUAGCCGCUAGCCCGGCUCGGAAUGACCCACAGAGCUUCCAACUAACAUCCGUCUCCUCCGGCGUGCUACAAAGGCGCCAUUAAGCCGGGCCAGUCGGCGUAGCGCGGUUAAAGACGGUGUCGAGCUCUCCAGAGCGGUGAAACCGCGGUCCAGCUCGGCACAGAGGGUCCAUUCAGAGCCCCCAGCUCAAUACACAAUGAGGCCUGGCCUGCGAUCUCUCCUCCUCUCCCCCCCUCUCUCCGUGGCUUUGUGCGCCCUGAUCCUGCUCUCCCUCUGCUUCCGCUGCCAGGCAGUGCAGGCGGAGAAUGUGACGGUGCUGGAGGGUGGGACCGCACAGAUCUCCUGCCGGCUCCAGAACUAUGACGGCUCCAUCGUGGUCAUCCAGAACCCCCGCCGACAAACGCUCUUCUUCAACGGCACAAGAGCUCUGAAAGACGACCGGUUCCAGAUGGUGCUGUUCACUCCGAGGCUGGUGCGCAUCGCCCUGAGCAACGUCAGCGUGUGGGACGAGGGCGGCUACUUCUGCCAGCUCUACACGGACGACACGCACCACCAGGUGGCCACGCUGACCGUCAGCGUGCCCCCCGAAACGCCCACCGUGGAGGUGAAGACGGAGGCGGUGGAGGGGGGCGAGGUGGUGCUGGUGUGCCUGUCCCCCCGGAGCAAGCCCCCCGCCACGCUGCGGUGGAUGCGUGACCGCCGAGAGAUCCCAGGGGAGGUGUCACAGCAGGACUACGGGAAGACGUACAGCGUCUCCAAUACCAUCCGUAUCCCGGUGGAGAGGCGGGACAAUGGCGCUCCAAUCAGCUGUGAGGCCUUGCACCCUUCCCUGCCGCAGAAGAAAAUCCGCCACUACCGACUGGAUGUCCACUUCGCCCCCACGGUGAGGAUCAUCCCUCCACCCGGAAUACUCAGGGAGGGGGACUCCCUCAGCCUCCUCUGCUCGGUGAUCGGAAACCCACUCCCGCGGAAUGUGCAGUGGUCGCGGGUGAACGACACGCUCCCGGAGAGGGCGGAGACGGCGGGGCCCACCCUGACGGUGUCGAGGCUCAGCCAGGCCCACAACGGAACCUACCUCUGCCAGGCGCACAACAACUACGGCCGGGCGGCCGACCACUACACCCUGCUGGUGUACGAGAAUGUGUCUGUCACCCCCACGGCCCCUCCCACCUCAGUCCCAACCUCCCUAACCCCAAUCGAUGGCGCAAGCCCCAGAGAUCCCGGGGCGGUGGUGGAGACUCAGAGUGCAGUACCCUAUGCUGUGAUAGGGGGCAUUCUGGCUCUGCUGGUCUUCGCCGUCAUCUGCGUGCUCAUCGUCACCAUCUGGUGCUCCGUCAGGCAGAAAGGCUCCUACCUGACCCACGAGGCCAGUGGCCUGGACGAGCACGGCGAGGUCCAAGAAGCCUUCCUCAACGGCAACGACUCCAGGGAGGGCAAGAAGGAGUAUUUACUGUAGCGCCCUCUGCUGGCAGCCUCCUCGACUGCGACCGUACCACGGCAUUCUCCACAACCACACACUGCAAGACUGUCAAACCGGGAACGAUGACCCACAUAUCACACCCGUGCCAUAUAGGGGAGGGGGGGGUGCAGGCAUUGUGAGAGGGCGAGGGAGAGGGACUGUUUUGUUUUUUUGUUUUUUUUUGCGAUGGAGAGAAAGAAGAAAAGAGGGAUAAUAAUCCCACCCUGUGCACUGUGCUUAGCCGAGUGAGACCGACUGAGAGAAAAACCCAGAGAGAAGUGCUGAAGUCAGAACACAUCACACAGCCCAUAACCUGCCAAGACAGAGGACGGUAGUGGGAAGAUGGGUGUAUGGCGGUGCUGGGUUUGCCUUGUGAGGUAUUGAAUGAGUGACAUAAGAAAUAUUUAAAUUGCCAAAGCCUCAUAGCCACUAAGAUUUAAAAAAAACUCACAUACAUCAUCUUGACAAUAAACCAAGGUGCCACACAGGGGAUACAAAUACAUACAUAUAAGAAUACAAAUACAUGUAAAUAGAAGCCCCACCCCCUACGUAUCUAUAUUAAAUAAUCGAUAUGCCGGGCGAGCCUUUUCAUGAGCACGUGCCGAUGUGAGGUCCUCACUCUGUUCUCUCUCAGUCCGUCCUCUGGAACUAUUUGUACUACUGAAGUAUUUUCUCUUUCGCUCUUUCUCGUUCCUUCUCUCCCUUGUAAUCUCUCUCCCAUUGUUUGGUCACUGUUGAUGGAUUGUCUCAUCAUGAGUGAAAGGGAAAAGGGCAUGACGCGCUGACGGUUGAGAAAGACGACAGAUUAUUUUAAAUCCUAUUAUAAGAGAAUAAAAGGCUUGAAUGAACGUAACACUGAGAGAAUGGACAAACUGGAAAAACAAGAUGUAUGAACAGACAAAGGGUUGCUUUUUGAGUGCUAAACAGACAGAAUACAGAUACACAAUGAUACAUAUCUCUGAAAUUAAAUGUUAUUUGUAUAAAAAAGUGACAAGAACAUGAAAUGAAUCUUUUAAAAAAAAACAACAAAAAAAUAUUUACUUUGGAACGUAUUAUGAACCGAUGUUACUAUACUAACACAGAAUAUCAGAAUUAUUAUUAGCCUAGCGGUGCAAAGCCGAAAAAAUACUGUUAAGUGAUCUUUGAAAAAAACAAAAGAAAAAGGAAAAAAAAAAUCAUUUCAUUUUGUCAUUAUGAAAUACCUGAGGUCUUAUUGGUUUUUAUUAAUUAUCAUUAUUAUUUUGACUAUUACGAUUGUUGUUAUUGUUAUUAUUAUUAUUAUUAUUACUGUUAUUAUUAUUAUUAUUGUAAUUGUUAUUAAUUGUAUACACUUCCCAUGUUUGUUUUUUCUGUAGAAACUGCUGUCGUUCCUUUCUCUCUCUUCCUUUCCUCUCCUCUAUUUCUUCCUGUUUCUAUCCUUGUCUGUCCUCUGUGGCGGUCCGUGUCUGCCUCUUCCGCUGUCUCUUGCUCUCCUCUUUAAUUUGUAGUCCACGCGUCGCUGUUGAUAUAGCUAACUGUAUUUCUUUAUAGGGGAAAGAUACAAAGCACGAUAAAAUAAAAAAGACUUUAAAAAUAA